GCCAGCGGGGUGUGGUGUGAAUGAAAACUUGAAAACACACUGCAGCCGACAGGACAGACGUGCUCGUGGCCAAGAAGCUCGUGGCCUCAGCUCGAAAGCAAUCUACGCCCGUAAUCUCGUGACUCGUCCGCUUGUGCCUCCGAAGCUCGUUCUGCGAUUGCCAAUCAACCGUCCGGGACACUGGAAAUUUGCAACCGGUGCUGAGCAAAAGCAUGUCGCCGUCGAACACGCGGGCCGAAGAGGGGCUCGAACAACCCCAACAAGUCUCACCGUGCCAGCAGCAGGCCGCCAGCAGCAGACUGCGGCCUUUCAAAAAUAAGAAGAGUCUUGCCGAGCGGAAAACUGAAGUUGCCGCCAUCAGGAGCAAGUUCCCUACUAAAAUCCCUAUCAUUGUUGACCGCUAUAACAAGGAGAAAUCUCUGAACCCUCUGGACAAAACAAAGUUCUUGGUGCCUCAGGAAAUUACGAUGUCUCAAUUUGUCACAAUAAUCAGGAAUCGGAUGCAGCUGAGUCCCCAGCAGGCGUUGUACCUGUUGGUCAACAACCACAGCAUGGCCAGUUUAUCUCGCACCCUGGCCGAGGUGUAUCAGGAGCACAAGGACGAAGACGGCUUCCUCUACAUCACUUACGCCUCGCAAGAGACUUUCGGCUGAUCCGAGACUGACCAACAGUGUGUCCGCAGAGAGAAAACAGACUCUUGAGAGUGAUUGUGCGCAAAAGGGAGUGUGUUCGGCAGGUUGUGCGAAUCAAGAUGAGGGCCAACCCUUUCCACGGCAGGUCUUUCAAUUUUUAAAGUUAUCGAUGCGUUUUAAACCUUUAUGAAUUAUUCUAAUUUCUAAAAUUUGGCGCACCACUGUUUGAUUAUCGAGGCCCGAUUGUUGUCCCCCGACAGAAAAAUUAUUGCCCUCAAUUAAUAUAAUGUGAAAAACACCCAGUAAUUUUCCCUUAUUGAUUAAUUUAGAGUUUAUCCUGGGGGCCGCAUAGUUUUAGCUAUUAUCUAAGACUGAAUUCAUUCGAACCUGCUAUUCGAUUGAGAUUUAGUGAAGUUGGAAAUCUGUUGCUCUGUAAGGCCAUUAAUAAAUCCAAAUUUAUUUGCCAAA